GUGCGGCCCCAAUACCAGCAACCUGAGCACGACACUGUCUUUGGCGAUGCAGAAGCUGCGUGUGAAUUGGAUACGGAUGCAUUAGCAUCCCUGCUUAACGGCGCCUCAGCACGGAACAGGUUCCAGUGCGCUGCCACCAACAUGACUGUGAGGACAUGCUUCGCGAUGCUCGUUGGGCUGGGGUACCAGCACUGCGCCGAAGACACGACUCUCACACCACAAGAAAAGUGA